CAGCAUCCUCCAAGCAGGAACAGCAAAGCGGAGCUUAGGACUUGAUAUCUUUACUGAUAAAACGAGUCGUUAUCAGUCGUACACAGGGAACUUAGGGAAGAGUACAGAAGAGAAUUAGCAAAAGAAGAACAGGAGAACUUAUUGCAGAUUCAUAAUGGCUUCUUUGCAAACGAUAAAAGAAGGAACUUUGAACAAGAGAGGAAAGAUCAACACAGAGUGGAGGCAGAGACUGUUUAUACUCAAUGGAAAGCACUUAUCAUAUUUCAAAGGAGGACGUCACACACCAUCCGGAACAAUCGACCUUAAAGAAAUUUCAGAGAUUAGCGAUGCAUCUGCAAAUGGGACGUUUUCAAUUAUGACAGCAGCUAGAACAUAUGAAAUUAGAGCAGACACUAAAGCUGAAUCUGAGGCAUGGAUCACAGCAAUAAGACAAGCUAAGAAAGAUGCUUGAUUUCAAUUCAUCCCAAAAUAAAACAGACAAACAUUAUAUAGAGAAUACUUUAUUAAGCAAAUUAAUUCUUUUAUUUUCUUCCUUCUGCCCUACUUUGUGUAGCAUUUGACAUGUUUACAUGUAUAUAUUAAUAUUAUUAUUGUUGUUAUUAUUAUAUGUAUGUUCUCUCUUCCUUUCUUUUUCUCCCUCUUAAUCAUUUUAUGAUAAUCACAAUAAGUCUAGAUUUGUUAUAGACAAGUAUUGUUUGAUAUUAUAGAUUUAUACAGAA